AAUCUUGAGAAAGAAACAUUAGAGCGUUUUAUGUGAUUACAGUCAUUGGAAGUUCAUUUUUGAAUGUCUGUUACUCUUGUCUUCUGGCAUGAGAUUUCACCAUUUAUGAUAAUUCAAUUUAAUAGAAGCUCUGAAACAAUCAACAGUUUUACUUCACUUAACUUUACGGAUAGGAUUUUUUCUUUUAAUUAGGAAACGUUUAUAACCAUUAGUGUAAAUGCAAGUAAAGUGAAUCACGAGAGAAAUGAGAAGCAGGGUUUUUUUUUUUUUAACAAACCAACCGCAAACAAAGUCUUUAAACUGUAAUCUAAUAAAUGCAAUCUACAGAUCAUUCAGUACCUAAAACACAUACAUAUGAUAAUCCGCUCAUUUAAGGUCAUUAACUCUCACUCUGACUGAUUCUCUUAGCAGUGCUCUGACAGCUGAACUAGGGAGCAGAUUUGAUUUAGGUUUUGUUAAUCACACUAUUAUAAAGAUGGCGUUUAUUAAAGAGGAGAGUGAAGACAGGAUUAUUGAUGACGUGAAGAUUGAAGAAGUGUUCAGAGUGAAACCAGAAGAUACUGAGGAACAAACAGACCUGACUGAGGAGAGUCAAGAGCUGAAGGAUUUGGAAGUGAAAGAGCAGAAUGAGAAAGAUCAUGAUUUCAAAAUUGGAAAAAAAGCCACACAGACUAAAAAGUGCUCCUCUAAAAAAAGCAUCAAGAAGAUUGAAUCUAAAAGCUUUUUUACCUGCCAUCAGUGUGGAAAGAGUUUCAAUCGGAAAGGAAGCCUUAAGGUCCACAUUAGGAUUCACAAUAGAGACCUCACUUUCACCUGCAAACAGUGUGGAGAGUGUUUCAAUAGCAAUGAAAGCCUUCAAAUACACAUGAGAGUACACAUCGGAGAAAAGCCUUGCAUCUGCCAACAGUGUGGAAAGAGUUUUGCUCAAAAAAGAUACCUUGCAGUCCACAUGAGAAGUCACAGUGGAGAAAAGCCAUAUACUUGCUCUCAGUGUGGACAGAGUUUUGCACAUAAAAGCAACCUUAAUUCCCACAUGAGAUUUCACAGUGGAGAGAACUUGUUCACCUGCCAACAGUGUGGGAAGAAUUUCAUUCAAAAACAAAACCUCGAAGUUCACAUGAAGAUUCACUCUGGAGAGAGACAUUUUAUCUGUAAACAGUGUGGAAAGAGUUUCAUUCGAAAAGGAGUCCUUGAAAUCCACAUGAGACUUCACACUGGAGAGAAGCCUUACACUUGCACUCAGUGUGGAAAGAGUUUUACUCAUAAAAACACCUUUAUUUACCACAAGAGAAGUCACACAGGAGAGAAGCUGUUCACAUGUGAUCAAUGUGGAAAGAGCUUCAUGACAGAACUAACCCUUAGAUACCACAUGACCAUUCACACCGGAGAGAGACAGUUCAUAUGUGGUCAAUGUGGAAGGGGUUUCACGCAUAAAGUAAGCCUUAAUCGCCACACAAAGACUCACUUAGGAGAAAAUGGUUUUAUAUGUGAACUAUGUGGAAAGAGUUUUAGUCAGAAAUGUAGCCUUAAAACUCACAUGAGAGAUCACCUGCAAAUCUGA